AUGUGUGGAGUAACCGACGAAGAUAUCGAACUGUCGCAGGUAUUUGAUGCAGUUGCAGAAGAAAAUGCCAUAUCAGAGGGUCUAUGUGAAGUGCUGAAUUUAAAUGGUGUCGAAAAUAUGGACAGUGAAAUUGGUACCGCAUUUGGGUCUUUCAACCUAGAUACAGUGGACCCUGUAGCUGAUAUUUCCGAUGCAAAGCCUCGACCAGUUAAAUCGGAACCUGGUGAUGAUAACAGUGAACGGUUUGGAAAACCCGUGACAGAUGAUGAAAUUUCAAAAUUGAUUGCGUCGAACGAGAAUGUUAACACCAAGAAAAAUACCACCUGGGCGCUCAAGGUUUUCGAGGAAUGGCGAGAAAAACGUAAUGGUAAUUCCGUCGAUGAAAUACCAUUUUUACAUUUAAUGACGGCAGAACAAUUGAAUUUCUACCUGGGGCGCUUUAUUGUGGAAACUCGGAGAAAAGAUGGCAUUGAAUACCUUCCCCGAUCUUUGUACCUUAUAUUGUGUGGGAUAUUGCGCCACCUCAGAAAUAAAAACGUUUUCGACAAAAACAUUUUGGACAAUAAUGACCCAAGGUUUAGUGAAUUCCGGAAAAUUCUUGACAGCAAAAUGAAAGACCUUCUGAAGCGCGGGUUUGGAACGGCGAUAAAGCAAGCUGAGCCCAUUAUGCCACAGGAUGAGGAAAGCAUGUGGGAGAAAGGUGUAUUUGGGGAUGGCAGUUCCGAAAGUCUUCAACAUACCAUGUUUUUCUAUAACUGUAAACUAUUUGGUUUAAGGGGGCAUGACGAGCAUCACGAACUUAAGUGUAGACAGUUUGUUCUUGGAGAGGACAGCUCUGGAAAAUACAUGGAAUUCAUUCGACAUGCUAGCAAGACUUACAAGGGUAGGUUGGCCAAAAUGCAGCUGACAAACAAGCAGAUUCGUUAUUUUAGUCCACCCGACACUGCUUUACUCUUAAUUACCCCAACACAGCUUGACUAG